GAUGCUUAUUUACCAGCAGAGUCUGCGAAGACUGUGUUUGAAGAAGACUGUCUGAGGCUCAAUGAAUACAUGCAUUCUUCACCAGUCAAGGCUGAUGAACGGAAGAAGCCUUCAAAAAGGAUAAGUAAUGACGAUGUUCUAAAAAUGCAGUACGAAUGCCUGUGUACUCAGAAGGAAACGCUGAAUCUUAAAAGACAAAAAUUGAAAAUGCAAAUUAAUCUUUUGGAGCAACAGGCCAAUGCCAACCAAACCUUUGCAACUGCAUUAAAUGCAAAUUUUGUAGUUGCCAACACCGAUUCAUUUUAA